AUGCCGCCCGAUAUGGAAGCAAUGAUGAUUACCAACGUGAUAAAAAAUCAUCCACUCAUGCAAGAAUUAAUGACCAAGCAAAAUAAUCUUGAGAAUAUCUUAUGUACGAUCCAGAAGACCCAGGAGGAUAUACUUCAAAUUCUGCAGGGUCUGAACUUGUCUCAGGUGGAAUUAAAUAUAUUGGGCUUCCUGGCUGGUACAGAACCUCAAGUCUACCAGGUGGUGCAAUCAUACGUACAUUUAGACAUCAAUGUCCAUCAAGUAAAAGCCAUCGUUCUAGAUACCAUUCCAAAGGCCCUUCAAGUACAAGGUCUAGGAGCCACUGCCAAAUUCCUGAGAAAUAUAGGAAUAAAACUGGCAAACAAAAUUAAGUCUGAUCACCUUGUUGGUAGUAAUCCUAGUAAUUGUCAUGACAAAAUUAGUAGUCAUGAAAAAAGUAGUUGUAAUGACAACAUUACUUGUCAUGACAACAACACUACUCAUGACAACUGCACUAGUCAUGACAACAGCACUUGUCAUGACAACUGCGCUAGUCAUGACAAGUGCACUAUUUAUGACAACUGCACUAUUUAUGACAACUGCACUAGUCAUGACAACAGCACUUGUCAUGACAACUGCACUAGUCAUGACAACAGCACUAGUCAUGACAACAGCACUAGUCAUGACAACAGCACUUGUCAUGACAACAGCACUAGUCAUGACAACAGCACUUGUCAUGACAACAGCACUAGUCAUGACAACAGCACUAGUCAUGACAACUGCACUAGUCAUGACAACAGCACUAGUCAUGACAACUGCACUAGUCGUGACAACAGCACUUGUCAUGACAACUGCACUAGUCAUGACAACAGCACUAGUCAUGACAACAGCACUAGUCAUGACAACUGCACUAGUCAUGACAACUGCACUUGUCAUGACAACUGCACUAGUCAUGACAACAGCACUUGUCAUGACAACUGCACUAGUCAUGACAAGAGCACUAGUCAUGACAACAGCACUAGUCAUGACAACAGCACUUGUCAUGACAACUGCACUAGUCAUGACAACAGCACUAGUCAUGACAACAGCACUAGUCAUGACAACAGCACUUGUCAUGACAACAGCACUAGUCAUGACAACAGCACUUGUCAUGACAACAGCACUAGUCAUGACAACAGCACUAGUCAUGACAACAGCACUAGUCAUGACAACAGCACUAGUCAUGACAACUGCACUAGUCAUGACAACAGCACUUGUCAUGACAACUGCACUAGUCAUGACAACAGCACUAGUCAUGACAACAGCACUAGUCAUGACAACAGCACUAGUCAUGACAACAGCACUAGUCAUGACAACAGCACUUGUCAUGACAACAGCACUAGUCAUGACAACAGCACUAGUCAUGACAACUGCACUAGUCGUGACAACAGCACUUGUCAUGACAACUGCACUAGUCAUGACAACAGCACUUGUCAUGACAACAGCACUAGUCAUGACAACAGCACUAGUCAUGACAACUGCACUAGUCAUGACAACAGCACUAGUCAUGACAACUGCACUAGUCAUGACAACAGCACUAGUCAUGACAACUGCACUAGUCAUGACAACAGCACUUGUCAUGACAACUGCACUAGUCAUGACAACUGCACUAGUCAUGACAACAGCACUUGUCAUGACAACAGCACUUGUCAUGACAACUGCACUUGUCAUGACAACUGCACUAGUCAUGACAACAGCACUUGUCAUGACAACAGCACUUGUCAUGACAACUGCACUAGUCAUGACAACUGCACUAUUUAUGACAACUGCACUAGUCAUGACAACUGCACUAGUCAUGACAACUGCACUAUUUAUGACAACUGCACUAGUCAUGACAACUGCACUAUUUAUGACAACUGCACUAGUCAUGACAACUGCACUUGUCAUGACAACUGCACUAGUCAUGACAACUGCACUAGUCAUGACAACUGCACUAGUCAUGACAACUGCACUAGUCAUGACAACUGCACUAGUCAUGACAACAGUACUAGUCAUGACAACUACACUAGUCAUGACAACUGCACUAGUCAUGACAACUGCACUAGUCAUGACAACAACACUAGUCAUGACAACUGCACUAGUCAUGACAACAGCACUAGUCAUGACAACUGCACUAGUCAUGACAACUGCACUAGUCAUGACAACAGCACUAGUCAUGACAACUGCACUAGUCAUGACAACAGCACUAGUCAUGACAACAGCACUAGUCAUGACAACUGCACUAGUCAUGACAACAGCACUAGUCAUGACAACUACACUAGUCAUGACAACAGCACUAGUCAUGACAACAGCACUAGUCAUGACAAGAGCACUAGUCAUGACAACUGCACUAGUCAUGACAACUGCACUAGUCAUGACAACAGCACUAGUCAUGACAACUGCACUAGUCAUGACAACAGCACUAGUCAUGACAACUGCACUAGUCAUGACAACAGCACUAGUCAUGACAACUGCACUAGUCAUGACAACUGCACUAGUCAUGACAACAGCACUAGUCAUGACCACAGUACUAGUCAUGGCAACUGCACUAGUCAUGACAACUGCACUAGUCAUGACCACAGUACUAGUAGUGACAACUGCACUAGUCAUGACAACAGCACUAGUCAUGACAACUGCACUAGUCAUGACCACAGUACUAGUCGUGACAACAGUAGUAGCAAUAAUAACAUCAGGAGUCACAGUAAUACCAGCAGGCUUCGGUAA